GAUAGUACAUGACAAGGAAGCUCUACGAGUCUCCCGGCGGCAAUUCUGAGGAAGAGGAGUGGGUUGAGGACACUUGUGGAACACAGACUGAUAUGGAUGCUGUUGAAUUGGCUGGCAACUCUUUGUGUUCGCAGUGUUCCGAUUGUGGGACUCAGACAGAUCCCUGUGUUCACAUUGCGUGUGGGACUCAGACCGAUCUUUGUGUUCUCUUUGUUGGUGAGGAGGAGAAGGAGGAGUGUCAUCGAGUGCGCGCUGAUCAGGGUGAUGCUUCUGCCGUUGGGAGUUCCUGUGCAGUCGGGAGUUCCACUGUUCGGAGUGCAGUAGGAAGUUCCACAGUUCGGAGUUCCGCUGAUGCAGUUGUUGAUGCAGUUGGGAGUUCAACAGCUUGGAGUUCUGCAGUUGGGAGUACCGCGGUUUGGAGUUCAGCUGAUGCUGUGGCAUCGAACCCUGGCUGCAAGGACGAGGAGGAGGAGGAGAAUGUUCAUAGUGAAGCAGUUGCUAAGAUGGAGCAGGAGGAGGUGGCUGAGGAGGAUUUUGUUCAUGCAUUUUCCCUGGCUUAUAGCGAUAGUAACGAGAGCACCCGCGUGUACCUGGAGAAGGCGCUAAAUCUUCGUAUCAGAAAAUACAGAUUUGCACGGACGACUGCUACGGACGACGUCGUGUCAACGGUGCAUGUGCCAGAUUUCCUUUCUGAAUUUCGAGCUUGCGAUGCGGAGUUUUCUCCGAGCGUGCAGGCUGAUUCUGAUAGCUGCGCCUUGUCGGGAGCGUCCCAGGGGUGUCUGAAUCGUCCCGUCACGCUUAAUGAGGUAUCGAAUCCUGGUUCUGAUGCGUCUGUCCGUGUCCGGAUGGACGUCUCCAAGACAGUGCGCCAGUCGAAUGAGAAAGCUUUUUCGGAAGUAAUGCGUCAAUCGCUCAAGUUCCCGAGGUCGUGCACUGGUCGUGCCCGUGCUACUGCGCGGCUCCUGUGCGAUCGAGAUAAGGCAGGUGCACUGGCGGCCGAAUUCAUGAGCCUGGGACGGGAAGAGUCGGAUGCAGAGUUCGAGUCCGACACGCUGGGUCAUUUGCAGUGGGAGUUAUCCCGUCUUGGUCUUCUGAAUCCAAACCAGCUGCGGUCUGUUUCCAGUGGUAUGAUUCUGUAUGCGCUGCAAGAACGGGAUGGGCCUGGUCCGAAGUUUUUGGAUUUGAUGUUUCACAAUCUCGUGCGUACUUCAGGAUUUCUCGCGAGUGGCCGUCGUGCGGAAUUGAACAGAAUCAGAGCCCUUUGGAAUGAUAUGUUUGUUGCUAUGGAGCGGGACUUCCUGCGGGAGGAGAGGAUGAUGAGGAGUGGAUUUCGGCUAUGGUUGGGGAAGGUGUGGGAAGGUGCUGCAAGAUUUUCUUUGGCCAGGUUCCGAGCGCACCAAAGCCGCCAGGUGAUGGCGGUUCUUCAAGCGUUUACAAGAAAAUGUCGUGCUCGUGGCCGAGACGCGGGCGAAGUUCAUUGACGUGUUGGAGACGCGGUGGAGAUCGCGAAGCACGGAUUUCAUUGGAAAGCGAGUCCGAUGGAGUGUUUUGCGUGCGGAGAUGGAAAUGGCGCGAUCAAGCCGUUGGAGAUGCCGUCCUUGAUCUUUGAGGUGCCACAGGUAUAUCAAGAGCCCGAUUUCGUCAUGCACGUUCGUUGCUGCUUAGUUGCUGCUCCCCGUCGCUUGUGCAGCUUACUUUCUAUAAGCAGUGGUGCUUUGCAAACCAUUUUGAGUGCGCGGUGUGCGAUUUUGACGAUGGG